UUUAAAUCACGUGGUUUGAGGGACCUUAGUGUGGUUUACAAAAUACAAAGUGCUUCCAUCACUAAUAUCAACACAAACAUCAUAUUGUUACACAUCAACAUUCAGUUUUAGAGCUUCCUUAAAGAGCAAAAAUUAUAUUCAAAUCAUCACCAGAUCAUUUCAUUAGCCAAACUAUGGAGGGAGCAACUAUUGAUGAACUUACAGAAGCCGUGAAAUACUUUUCAAUUCAUCAAGAUAUACCGGAAGCCGUUGAAACUGUUGAACCUGUUGAACCCUCGGUUGUGUUACCUGGUGAAAACUGUCGCAAUAUUCUAGUAACCAGUGCCCUUCCAUAUGUCAACAAUGUUCCUCAUCUAGGUAAUAUUGUUGGUUCAGUUUUAUCUGCUGACGUUUUCGCUCGGUAUUGUAGGUUAAGAGGUUACCGAACAAUAUAUAUUUGUGGUACUGAUGAAUAUGGUACUGCUACUGAAACCAAAGCUAUGGAAGAGAAAUGUACUCCUGCUGAACUGUGUGAAAAAUAUUACAACUGUCAUAAGGAGGUUUACGAAUGGUUUAACAUUCACUUUGAUCAUUUUGGCAGAACUUCUACGACCAAACAGACUGAAAUUUGUCACAAUAUCUUUUGGGCUCUCCAUAAGAAUGGCUUCAUAUUAGAAGACGAAACCGAGCAACUCUAUUGUGAAGCCUGUGAAAGAUUUUUGGCCGAUCGAUUUGUUGAAGGUACUUGUCCCUUCUGCCAAUAUGAAGAUGCUCGUGGGGAUCAAUGUGAUAAAUGUGGUAAACUUAUGAAUGCACCAGAUCUCGUGAAUUCUCGGUGUAAAGUUUGCUCUGCUCAUCCAAUUAUACGUUCAUCUAAACAUUUAUUCCUUGAUUUGCCUAAAAUUGAAUCAUCAACCAAUGAUUGGUUCAACAAAACGGUGGAAGAUAGUGGUAAAUGGACUCAAACAGCUAGAGUAGUUGCUGGUACAUGGUUGAAAGAUGGACUUAAACCUCGAUGUAUAACACGAGACCUCAAAUGGGGAACUCCUGUGCCUCUCGAAGGCUACCAAAGUAAAGUCUUUUAUGUCUGGUUCGAUGCCCCCAUUGGCUAUCUUUCAAUAAGUUCCAGUUAUACCAAAGAUUGGGAAAAAUGGUGGAAAAAUCCUGACCAAGUUGAAUUAUUUCAAUUCAUGGCUAAAGAUAAUGUUCCCUUCCAUGCAGUUAUUUUCCCUUCCUGCCUUCUUGGUACCAAAGAACCUUAUACGAAAGUCAAUCAUCUCAGUGGUAUUGAAUACCUCAAUUAUGAGAAUACUAAAUUUUCUAAGAGUCGAAGUAUUGGUAUUUUUGGUAAUGACGCUAAAGAUACUGGAAUCGAUUCUGAUAUCUGGAGAUUUUAUUUGAUGUACAUUCGACCUGAAACACAAGAUACCUCAUUUUCUUGGGUUGAUUUGAUGACCAAAAAUAACAGUGAAUUACUCAACAAUCUAGGUAACUUCAUUAAUCGAUCUCUGAUGUUUAUUGCCAAAAAUUUUGGCAGCAAAAUUCCUGCUAUUGAAUUAGACCAAUCAGACAAAGAGUUAAUAGCUGCUAUAAACCGCGAAUUAAAACUUUACGUUGAAUUGUUGGAAUCUAUCAAAUUGAGAGAUGGUUUACGACAGAUAUUCAAUAUUGGACGAUUAGGGAACCAACAUAUCCAAGUAAAUACACCCUGGAAUCUCGUAAAAGGGUCUGAAGAAGAAAAAAAACGCGCUGGAUCCAUUAUGGCUCUUUGUGCAAACAUCACAGCUUUGAUUGCUCUUUUAUUGGCUCCUUACACUCCCAAAACUAGUGAAAAAUUGAGAGAUCAACUCAAUUUUAAAGGAACAACUUUAGAGAAUGAUCACUUAAUUUGCUUCCUGAAAGAAGGACAUUCCAUUGGGACUCCUUCACCACUCUUUCGAAAGAUUGACCAGGCUGAAAUUGAUGCUCUCAAGAAGAAAUUUUCCGGUGAAAUUGAAGUACCUAAACCAGCAAAAGGAGGUAAAAAGAAUACCAAAAAACCUGGACAAUCUAAAGAACCUAAACAGCCUAAAGAACCUAAACAACCUAAGGAGCCUAAACAGCCUAAAGAACCUAAAGAACCUAAACAACCUAAAGAAGCUGAACAACCUAAACAGCCUGUCGAGGUUAAGGACUAAACGAAACUUUAAAUUAUUUAAAAAGACAAAUCUUGAACAUUAAAUACUUAUCAAGACAA